GCAUGCUCGGGGGAGGCGGAUUCCGGGUCCGGAGUUGGAGGCUUUGGGCGGCCGCGGCGUAGCGCGCUGUGCCGGGGCCGGCGGGGAGGCGCGCGCUCGGGGCGCGGCGCCGGCGACGCGGCCACGCGGCGCGCUCCCGAGGAAGGGAGGUGUGGGGUCGGCUGGGGGUGGCGCGUGGCCGGGGUGGGGGUGGGGGGAGGGUCGGGUGUCGGCAAGCUCCGCGUGCGGGUUCCGAGUGGCUGCUGGCGGCCUGGGCUGCCGGGGCCGACGCCUGGGUGGCUGCCGCCGCCGCGCCUGCUGCGAGAUGGCGAUCUUGGGCGCGGAAGGGUGAGGGCGCCCGCCGCAGGAGGAGGUGCCGCUGCCGUGGCCGCCCGGCUGCCGGGAGCCGACAGCUUCGCGCCGGGGUUGUCUCCUCACAGACUAUGAGCUCCUUGAAAGAGGGAAUCGUGUCUUACUCAUCUUUGUAUCCCCAGUGUCUAGCAGUUCCUGAUACAUAGUUUUAGCUGAAUUUUGGGACAUGGCCACUGCUUCACCAAGGUCUGAUACUAGUAAUAACCACGGUGGAAGGUUGCAGUUACAAGUAACUGUUUCUAGUGCCAAACUUAAAAGAAAAAAGAACUGGUUCGCAACAGCAAUAUAUACAGAAGUAGCUGUAGAUGGAGAAAUUACGAAAACAGCAAAAUCCAGUAGUUCUUCUAAUCCAAAAUGGGAUGAACAGCUAACUGUAAAUGUUACACCACAGACUACAUUGGAAUUUCGAGUUUGGAGCCGUCACGCUUUAAAAGCAGAUGCUUUAUUAGGAAAAGCAACGAUAGAUUUGAAAGAAGCUCUGUUGAUACACAACAGAAAAUUGGAAAGAGUGAAAGAACAAUUAAAACUUUCCUUGGAAAACAAGAAUGGCAUAGCACAGACUGGUGAAUUGACAGUUGUGCUUGAUGGAUUGGUGAUUGAGCAAGAAAAUAUAACAAACUGCAGCUCAUCUCCAACCAUAGAAAUACAGCAAAAUGGUGAUGCCUUACAUGAAAAUGGAGAGCCUUCAGCAAGGACAACUGCCAGGUUGGCUGUUGAAGGCACGAAUGGAAUAGAUAAUCAUGUACCUACAAGCACUCUAGUCCAAAACUCAUGCUGCUCGUAUGUAGUUAAUGGAGACAACACACCUUCAUCUCCAUCUCAGGUUGCUGCCAGACCCAAAAAUACACCAGCUCCAAAACCACUCACAUCUGAGCCUGCCGAUGACACUGUUAAUGGAGAAUCAUCCUCAUUUGCACCAACUGAUAAUGCUUCUGUCACGGGUACUCCAGUAGUGUCUGAAGAAAAUGCCUUGUCUCCAAAUUGCACUAGUACUACUGUUGAAGAUCCUCCAGUUCAAGAAAUACUGACUUCCUCAGAAAACAAUGAAUGUAUUCCUUCUACCAGUGCAGAAUUGGGAUCUGAAGCUAGAAGUAUAUUAGAGCCUGACACCUCUAAUUCUAGAAGUAGUUCUGCUUUUGAAGCAGCCAAAUCAAGACAGCCAGAUGGGUGUGUGGAUCCUGUACGGCAGCAGUCUGGGAAUGCCAACGCAGAAACCUUGCCAUCAGGGUGGGAACAAAGAAAAGAUCCUCAUGGUAGAACCUAUUAUGUGGAUCAUAAUACUCGAACUACCACAUGGGAGAGACCACAACCUUUACCUCCAGGUUGGGAAAGAAGAGUUGAUGAUCGUGGAAGAGUUUAUUAUGUGGAUCAUAACACCAGAACAACAACGUGGCAGCGGCCUACCAUGGAAUCUGUCCGAAAUUUUGAACAGUGGCAAUCUCAGCGGAACCAAUUGCAGGGAGCUAUGCAACAGUUUAACCAACGAUACCUCUAUUCGGCCUCAAUGUUAGCUGCAGAAAAUGACCCUUAUGGACCUUUGCCACCAGGCUGGGAGAAAAGAGUGGAUUCAACAGACAGGGUUUACUUUGUGAAUCACAACACAAAAACAACCCAAUGGGAAGAUCCAAGAACUCAAGGCUUACAGAAUGAAGAACCCCUGCCAGAAGGCUGGGAAAUUAGAUACACUCGUGAAGGUGUAAGGUACUUUGUUGAUCAUAACACAAGAACAACAACAUUCAAAGAUCCUCGCAAUGGGAAGUCAUCUGUAACUAAAGGUGGUCCACAAAUUGCUUAUGAACGCAGCUUUAGGUGGAAACUUGCUCACUUCCGUUAUUUGUGCCAGUCUAAUGCACUACCCAGUCAUGUAAAGAUCAAUGUGUCCCGGCAGACAUUGUUUGAAGAUUCCUUCCAACAGAUUAUGGCAUUAAAACCCUAUGACUUGAGGAGGCGCUUAUAUGUAAUAUUUAGAGGAGAAGAAGGACUUGAUUAUGGUGGCCUAGCGAGAGAAUGGUUUUUCUUGCUUUCACAUGAAGUUUUGAACCCAAUGUAUUGCUUAUUUGAGUAUGCGGGCAAGAACAACUAUUGUCUGCAGAUAAAUCCAGCAUCAACCAUUAAUCCAGACCAUCUUUCAUACUUCUGUUUCAUUGGUCGUUUUAUUGCCAUGGCACUAUUUCAUGGAAAGUUUAUCGAUACUGGUUUCUCUUUACCAUUCUACAAGCGUAUGUUAAGUAAAAAACUUACUAUUAAGGAUUUGGAAUCUAUUGAUACUGAAUUUUAUAACUCCCUUAUCUGGAUAAGAGAUAACAACAUUGAAGAAUGUGGCUUAGAAAUGUACUUUUCUGUUGACAUGGAGAUUUUGGGAAAAGUUACUUCACAUGACCUGAAAUUGGGAGGUUCCAAUAUUCUGGUGACUGAGGAGAACAAAGAUGAAUAUAUUGGUUUAAUGACAGAAUGGCGUUUUUCUCGAGGAGUACAAGAACAGACCAAAGCUUUCCUUGAUGGUUUUAAUGAAGUUGUUCCUCUUCAGUGGCUACAGUACUUCGAUGAAAAAGAAUUAGAGGUUAUGUUGUGUGGCAUGCAGGAGGUUGACUUGGCAGAUUGGCAGAGAAAUACUGUUUAUCGACAUUAUACAAGAAACAGCAAGCAAAUCAUUUGGUUUUGGCAGUUUGUGAAAGAGACAGACAAUGAAGUAAGAAUGCGACUACUGCAGUUCGUCACUGGAACCUGCCGUUUACCUCUAGGAGGAUUUGCUGAGCUCAUGGGAAGUAAUGGGCCUCAAAAGUUUUGCAUUGAAAAAGUUGGCAAAGACACUUGGUUACCAAGAAGCCAUACAUGGAGUUCCAUCUCCUCCCGUAUUGCAUUGUUAUAGUAAGAACAGCCACAUUGUCAACUGUGACCUUAUCUCCACAGCCACAGUUGGACAGCAGACCCAAACUGAGACAACCUGAGUUUCUUUCCCAAGAAAUGAAUCUAAAAUGGCCAUGCUUCAAAAACCCAGGUGCUGUGGAAAGUCACAAGACUUAGGAUAAGGAGAAAACAAACGUCUGCAAUGAAAAAGAUUUUCCGGUAACAGCAGAGUAGAGAAACAAUUAAUGAAGCCUCGGAGCAAUCAAGCCAAUUUUUUCCCAAGGUCCAACUUUACCCUGCCUUUGGGUUCUAUGAAGUCCAACAAUCCAGAAGGCUAAUGAUGACCUCGUCUCCCUGUACAAUUUACUGAAAAACGUCGUCGUGAACCAACAAGAAAUCCUGAGUUACAUGUGAAAGUCAUUCUAGGUCUCAGUUGUCUAGCUGUUAUAUUCCUAUCUCUAAAUAAAACAAAUAUAACGUGAGGAAAA